UCUGCCCGGGCAAAUCCCCACACUACGUUGAAGCUAACAUAACAUAACACAGCUCAACUUUACGACUUCAGAACCCGCGGAAGCAGGCGGCUGAAAAAAGUGCUAUAUUCGCCCCAAAAUGUGUGGAAGAACCGCGUGCACGCUUGCUUCUGACGAGGUGAGCCGAGCCUGCUCCUACAGAGACCGGAGAGGGCAGCGGAGACAGCCCCGCUGGAGGGACGGGGAUGCGGACAAAUACCGACCGUCUUACAACAAGAGCCCCCAGUCCACGAGCCCCGUGCUGCUGUCCCAGAGGCAUUUCGACAGGAAUGCUCCUGUGGAUGAGUGUGUGCUGGCCUCCAUGCGCUGGGGUCUGGUCCCCGCCUGGUUCAAGGAGAAUGACCCGAGCAAGAUGCCAUACAGCACCAACAACUGCCGCAGUGAAAGUAUUUUGGAGAAGAAAACAUACAAGGAUCCCCUGAUAAAAGGGCAGCGCUGCGUCAUCCUGGCCGAUGGCUUCUAUGAGUGGAAGAGGCAGGCGAGAGAGAAGCAGCCCUUCUUCAUCUACUUUCCUCAGACUGAGGGAACCGGUCGGGAGAAAAGAGAUGAUGAUGAGGAGGAGGAUGACCCCGCGACCUCGGCUGACAAUAAGGAGAAUUCAGAGACGACGUGCCCUCCAGAGGAGGCCUCCGCUGUCUUGACAGAGGGAGGAGAAGCACCAGAUGAGUGGACUGGGUGGAAGUUGCUGACUAUGGCUGGACUGUUUGACUGCUGGACACCUCCCGGCGGCGGAGAACCCCUUUACACAUACAGUGUAAUAACCGUGAACGCGUCCCUAAACCUGAAAAGCAUCCAUGAUAGGAUGCCAGCAGUCCUGGAUGGAGAGGAAGAAGUGAGGAGAUGGCUGGAUUUUGGGGAGGUGAAGUCUCAAGACGCCAUGAAACUGCUCCAGUCUAAAAACAGUUUGACUUUUCACCCCGUCUCUUCGCUGGUGAACAACUCACGCAACAACUCUCCAGAGUGCCUUCAGCCAAUAGAUCCAAACAGCAAAAAGGAGCCCAAACCCACAGCCAGCAGUAAGAUCAUGACGAGCUGGCUGGCGAGCAGUGAACCGUCAAAGAGGAAGGAGCCCGCCGCACGCGAGAGUGAAGAAGAGCGAGACGGCGAGGCCGAGGCUCAGAAGACAGGAUUACUGCACCAGUGGCUUCAGGGGGCCAAAAAGAAACCAAGAACCAAAUGAAGAUAUGAACCGGGGACUGAAAACUCUGGAGACGUUAAAAGACCAUUUAGGCAUUAUUUAUUCCGCGUAAUUAUUUUAUAAACAGUUGUGUGAAAAAAACAUGCGUUUGCUCCACUUUCUACGUAAUAAUAAAAAAAUGCGACACAUCCGAAUUUAUUUUAAAAUGCUAUCAAAUGUCAGAAAUAAAAAAGGCUGCAUGCUUAAAUCAA